CCAGAGUGAGCAGGGGAGUGCGAGAAACGCGGGCAAUCAUGGCCAAGUCCGGGCUGGGAAGCGAUCCGGAGAGCUGUGCUGCAAUUACUGUGCUAAGUCGAGCGGUGAAACUCGACGAGGAGGGCCGGUAUCAGCCCGCGCUCGUGUGUUACCAGGAGGGGAUUGAUCUGCUGCUGCAAGUUCUCAGAGGCACCAAAGAUCCUACCAAGAGAAGCAAUCUCAGAAAAAAAAUUUCCAGCUACAUGGAUAGAGCAGAAAACAUAAAGAAAUACUUGGACCAAGUGAAAGAAGAUGGGAAAUAUCACAAGCAAAUUAAAAUAGAAGAGGAUGCAACAGGCUUCGGCUAUGAGACACUUUUUCAAGAAUACCUUACUGAGAGUGUUACAGAAGUUUGGAUAGAAGACCCUUACAUUAGACAGACACAUCAGCUAUACAACUUCCUUCGAUUUUGUGAGAUGCUCAUUAAGAAACCAUGUAAAGUAAAAACUAUUCACCUUGUCACCUCUCUGGAUAAACAGGGCUUUGGGAACGUGCAGCAAAGUAGUGGCCUAAAUGAAAUAAAAGAAUCCCUCAGGACUCACGGAGUGUUGUUGGAGGUAGAAUACUCUUCUUCGCUACAUGACCGAGAAAUUAGGUUCAACAAUGGAUGGGUGAUUAAGAUUGGAAGAGGACUUGAUUAUUUUAAGAGACCACGGGGUCAAUUUUCCCUUGGAUAUUGUGAUUUUGAUUUAAGACCAUGUCAUGAAACAACGGUGGAUAUUUUUCAUACCAAACACACAAAACAAAUAUGAUGUGUCACACCUUCUAUAUUUCCUCUGUAAGAGACAGCCUGAGUCUGUUUUCUGUUGCUUCUAACCGAAUAGCACAGACUGAGUAAUUUAUAGAGUCAAGAUUGAUCUAGUUCAUGAUCCUGGAGGCUGGAAAGUCUGUGCUGGUAUCUCAUGUAGACCUUCUUCCUGCCUGUUCAAAUGGCAGUGGACAGCUCUAGCCAGAGGAGCUGUUAUCUGUCUUAAUAAACCACACCAGUAAUAACCCAUUAGCCUGAUAUCCUGAGAGCAGAGCCCUUAUAACCCAGUUAUCUCCCAAAGCUUCCAUCUCCCGCCUACCAACACUGCUGCAUGGGGACCAGGUUUCCAGUUUGGGAAGAUACAGUCAAACCAUAGCAAGUCAAUGUUAAAUUCUGUUUUUUAUCUGAGCAUAUUUUUAUAAUGGAUGACCAAUAAUAAACUAUUUCUAGUAUUUUA